AUGGGCUCAACCGUCUCGACGAUCCGAACCGACACGGGCGUGUGCGCCGUCGCGACAAGCUCGAUCACCGCGUCAACGUGCAAGGGGUUCUGGGACGGACACUCGUGCUCGACCAACCAACCAACGUUCACGUCGGACGACUGUGCCAAUGCCGGUGGCAAGUGGACGCCACUGCGCCCAGCAGGACCCAUGGACUUCUUUGUCCAAGGGCCGCCUCCUCCACCAACGAAUCAAGGCCCGGCCCACCUCCGCAAGGUAACCAAGGUCCCCCUCCGCAAGGCACCCAAGGCACGUUCCCUCAAGGCACCCAAGGCCCUCGUGGCCCACCCCCGCAAGGCACGCAGGACCCCAUUGCUCAAGGGACCCAAGGCCCCCCUCCGCCAGGCCUUCGGGGCCCGCCCCCGCAAGGCACGCAGGAUCCCCUUGCUCAAGGCACCCAAGCCCCCCCUCCGCAAGGCACCCAAGGCACGUUCCCUCAAGGAACACAAGGUCUUCGGGGCCCACCUCCGCAAGGAAACCAGGGUCCACCUCCGCAAGGUACCCAGGGCCCACCUCCGCAAGGCACCCAAGGCACGUUCCCUCAAGGAACGCCAGGCCUCCGGGGCCCACCCCCGCAAGGCACGCAGGAUCCCCUUGCUCAAGGCACCCAAGGCCCGCCUUCACAAGGCGCCCAAGGCACUUUCCCUGAAGGAACACAAGGUCUUCGGGGCCCACCUCCGCAAGGUACCCAGGGCCCACCUCCGCAAGGCAACAAGGGCCCACCUUCUCGUGGAAACCAAGGCCCACCUCCUCAAGGCCUUCGUGGCCCGGCUCCGCAAGGCACCCAAGAUGCAGUUCCUAAAGGCGCUCAUUUUACUACACUGCCGCCAACACAUUCAAGGGAGUCAGAGACCGCACCACUUGGCGUCGGGCAGGCACAUGGAGCAGACGCCCGAGACGGGGCACGCCGAGCCCGACGAGCAGGUGCAAGCGGAAACGACUGGCGUCCACGUUCCUCGGCACUGGCCAGCGACCAUCGACGGCUGGUCAAUCGUGCAAAUCGACGCCGAAGCGUCCCAGAGGCCAGCGCAAUUCGAGACCAUGAGAGGUGUCAAGCUCGGAACGUUCUUGCAUGUGCCCGUCGCGCCGACUGUGGGUGCUGUGACCUCGACAACGUCGAUCCAGGCCUCGACUGGCGUCUGCCAAAACCUCUCUGCGCCACCUACGAUCGCUACGACGUGCACUGGGACCUGGAACAAACUCCUUGGCGUCUGCACGCUGCAGCAGCCGACGUACACCAAGGUGCAGUGCGUCAUCGCUGGUGGCUACUGGGUCUUCAACCCGAGCGCCAACAAACCAAGCAAUGGCGCGGCGUGCGUCUGUACCUCCGGCUCAGGGUGUCCGUCCUCCGGUGUCUGCUCUGCUUGCAUCCUGAACGGCGUCUGCACCACCACAUUUGUAUCGGCCGUCGACUGCCUCUCGUUCGCGCCGCAGACGGCGUGGUGCGGCAAGUAACAUAUUAUCAUUUAGUGAAAUUUGCACACUACCGAGCACUGCACACUUGAAUACGUCGGGGGCGAG